AUGUUCCGAGGCGACAUCUUUUCAAACCCAACCACCAUCCUCCUCUACGGCUGGGGCGACGCCCGCCCCAAACACCUCGCCAAGUACGUCGACGGGUACCGCGCCCUCUUCCCCGCGGCCAAACUCGUUGUCGUCCUCUGCCCCAUUCUGCGCUGCCUUUACCAGACCCUCGAAGCCCGUUCCAAGGCCAUGACCCCCGUCAUCUCCGCUUGCUUCGGUUCCUCUCGGGAGUCUGCUGCAGACCACAAGUCUUUGACCCAAAACAGAAUCCUAGUACAAGUCAUGUCCAACACAGGCGGCAUGUACUUCGCCGCCACUUUGAACGCCCACCGCCAGCGAUUCGGCCAAUGCUUUCCUCAUCACAUGCUCGUCCUCGAUUCCACGCCCGGAAGCACUUCCUUUUUGCAAAACGCCGGUCCAUGGUCACGCGCCAUGGCCCUCGGCGCAUCAGGAUACCUGCCCGGCUGCGUGCCGUUCAUCGUCACGCAAGCGAUGGCGUGCAUGUUCCUGGCGGCGCUGCAUGGGUUCGGGUGGUUGAUUGGCGCGUCGAGCGCGGCGGCGUAUAGUGUGGCGGCGGUGAACAACGAGGAGCUGUGUGCAAGGGAGGCGAGGAGGCUGUAUGUGUACUCGAAGGAGGACGAUAUUAUUUACUGGGAGGAUAUCGAAAGCCAUGCGGCGCAGGCGAGGCAGAGGGGGUACCAGGUGGAUAUGGACAUGUUUGAGGGGACGCCGCAUGUGGGGCAUAUGAGGAUGCAUCCGGAGCAGUAUUGGAGGGCGGUGGCGAAGACUUGGAGAGAGGCGGUUGGUGGAAUAUGA